UGUUAUUAAAAUGUUUCAUAAAAAUAUUUAUUAAAAUCAUUCAAUCGACUCUUUCAAUUUAAUUUGGAAAAUAAAUUAACCACUAAGAUUUUCGGUAUGCUCUGGAAAGCUGAAGCAGUUGGUCAUCUUCUGAUUCUGAAUGCGUGUCCCAGUAAAAUCUCAUGCUUCACUUCUGCUCGGAGAAUUUUCAUCCCAGAAUCAAGUUUUCUUUCGCUAUUAUGAAUCAAAGAUGGCUUCUUUUCUGAAAUUGGAAGCCUUUCAUCCAUUCUUCAAGCACUGUGCAAACUUUCAGUUAGUAAAAGAAGGAACUUUGGCUCAUGCCGAUGCGAUCAAAACGGGCUUCGAUUCCUACACAUCCGCAGGCAACUCGAUCAUGAGCUUCUACUUGAAACUGGGCAUGAAAGGUUGUGCGAGGAAUGUGUUCGAUGAAAUGCUGUGGAAAGACUCGGUUUCUUGGAAUGCUUUGAUUCAUGGUUUUUUGAGCCAAGGAGAUUCUCGGCUUGGUCUGUGCUUAUUUAUAGAAGCCAAGGCUUGCGGCUUUGUACCAAAUCUGUCUACUUUGGUCCUUGUUCUUCAGGCUUGCUGGAAAUUAAAAGCUGUGACAGAAGGUCAGUGCUUUCAUGGCUUCAUUGUUAAGAGUGGAUUUUCAUCUUAUAUCUCGCUUCAGAAUUCCUUAGUGAGCUUCUAUGGAAAAUGUAAUAAUGUGGAGUCUGCGCAGAAGCUAUUUGAUGAAAUCUCUGAACGAGAUGUCAUCUCUUGGAGCUCGCUGAUCAGUGGUUAUGUUCAGACUGGGGGUGCAGUCAAUGCAUUGCAAUUGUUCAGAAAAAUGUCUAUGGAGGAUGGCAUAGAAAUGGAUGGCCUUGUUUUAGUUAGUGUUCUUCAAGCUUGUAGUUUUGUUGGGGAUGUUAAUUAUGGAAGAUCAGUGCAUGGCCAUGUGUUCCAAAGAGGAUUUGAGGCUGAUUUGUUCAUCAAUAAUUCUCUCAUUGAUAUGUAUUCAAAAUGCUUUCAUAUGAAUUCUGCCUACAUGGUUUUUAUUCAGAUGGCUCAGACAAACCUGGUCUCCUGGAAUAGUAUCUUAUCUGGGUUGGUUGAGAAUGACAAGUAUAUGGAAGCAUUGCUAUUGCUUGAAUCAAUGAAAAAGGCGGCAGUCGAGGGUGAUGCAUACACUGCUGUUAUCCUCUUGCAAGCUUGCAAGAUGCUUGGGCUGGAAGCAUUUUGCAGGUCGAUCCAUGCUCUAAUUAUCCGCAGGCUGUUUGAGCUGAAUAAUUUCGUGAUGAACUCAUUAUUAGAUGCAUACGCAAAAUGCGAGCUCAUGGAACUGACGCUUAGACUGUUCCGGCAAAUGCGAAGCCGAGACGUGGUCUCAUGGAGCACAAUGAUAUCUGGGUUUUCACACUGCGGCGAACCUCACAAAGCUGUUGCUUUCUUCAUCCAGAUGAGAUUGGGACGACAUGGACUGAAUUCCGUCACCCUGCUGAGCCUCUUGGAAGCGUGUUCUACACUUGCAGACCUCAAGCUCUCCAAAUGCGUGCAUGGUGUGGCAGCUCGGAGCAGCUUUUCGCACAAUUUAUCGGUCGCAACCGCACUCCUAGAUGCAUAUGCAAAGUGUGGGAGCCUGAAUUCAUCCAGGAAAAUCUUCAGAGGAAUGACUGAAAAAAACCUGCUGUCUUGGAAUGCAAUGAUAGCGGCCCUUGGGAUGAAUGGCUGUGCAAGGGAGGCUCUCGCUGCUCUUGAGGAGAUGACAGUGCAGAAUGUGAAGCCAAAUGGUGUCACAAUGCUCUCCAUUUUGUCUGCUUGCAGUCAUGGAGGUUUAGUACAGGAAGGUCUCUUGUUAUUCCAAAGGAUGUCUGAAGAUUUCUAUGAUCUAAAGCCUAGAAUGGAGCAUUAUUCAUGUAUUGUGGACAUGCUAGCCAGGGCUGGAGAUGUUGUGGGUGGCUUUGAGGUGAUCAAGAGAAUGUCUGAAGAAGGGGUGGAGGCUGCUCCUGCUGCUUGGGGUGCUCUGCUCAGUGCCUGCAGAAGAUUCGGCGAUCGAGAGAUUGGAGAAAAUGUGGCAUCCCAUGUUCUUGAGUUGGAGCCUCUGCGCUCGGCGGGAUAUGUUCUUUCUUCGAGCAUGUAUGCCAUGGCAGGGUUGCAGGAUGAGACGGCAAGGUUGAGGUUAUUGAUGAAAGAGAAAGGUGUGAGAGUUGUCAGUGGUUAUAGCUUGGUACAUGCCAAGAGGUUUCUUUCUUGGGAUGAAUCACACCUUAUGACUGAAGAGAUAUAUUCUAUGGUUGAUCUCUUGCAUGAUUGUAUAAAAUGGCCGAAUGAUGAAACUUAGGCUUCGUUUGAGACGAUCUUUCUACUACUUUUCAAAGCAGCUUUUUAGUUAAAAAAUUUUAUUUUUUAUUAAAAAAUUGUUUUAAGAAUCAGUUAGAAAGCCAUCUCAAACAAAGUCUUAUUCGUUUGAUGAGCUAAUGAGCCAUUCUUAAGCUAA